CAGCUAGGUUUAGGGUUUUCUUCAAUCUGUUUCGAAGCCGCCUAUUAGAGAGCAGAGAAAGGAAAGCGUGGAAUAGCAGAAAUGAAGACCAUACUCUCCUCCGAGACAAUGGACAUCCCCGACGGGGUUAGCAUUAAGGUUAAGGCGAAGAUGAUCGAGGUUGAAGGUCCAAGGGGUAAGCUCACUCGCAACUUCAAGCACCUCAACCUCGACUUCCAUCUCAUCAAGGACGAAGAGACCGGCAAGCGAAAGCUAAGGAUCGAGGCUUGGUUCGGCUCCAGGAAGACGAGCGCCGCCAUCCGCACGGCCCUCAGCCACGUUGAGAAUCUCAUCACCGGCGUCACUAAGGGAUACCGUUACAAGAUGAGGUUCGUCUACGCUCACUUUCCGAUCAACGCUUCCAUCACUAAUGGCAACAAGUCCAUCGAGAUCCGCAACUUCCUUGGCGAGAAGAAGGUUCGAAAGGUGGAUAUGUUGGAAGGGGUCUCCAUUGUGAGAUCUGAGAAGGUUAAGGAUGAGAUUGUUUUGGAUGGUAAUGAUGUCGAACUUGUUUCCCGAUCUGCAGCGUUGAUAAACCAGAAAUGCCAUGUGAAGAACAAGGAUAUUAGAAAGUUCCUUGAUGGUAUCUAUGUUAGUGAGAAGGGCAGGAUUGCUGAGGAGGAAUGAUGGUUGUCUCCACGAGUUAUAGUUGUAGCGCUGCGUUAUUUUUAAGUGGUCUUGGGACUUUGGUUUUUGUUCUGUCUUUCCUUUUUUCCAUGAAUUGCAGCUGGUGCGGAGUACAAGGAUGUUAUCUUUAUUUGUUGUGUGGAGAAUUUUGGAUCUGUUUGAUCUUUAGUACUCU